UGUAUUGAAACUUGGCCUGUUUUUGAUAUCAGUACUUUUAAUGGCAGGCCUAGAUUUAGCAAGUCUUAAUGACUAGACCACUUAAUAGUGCUUUGUGUGUGUGAGUAACUUGACAUUUUUGUACGUUGAAAACGUGUUUUUUUUCCAGAUGUAACAACCACUAUAGGAAGCAAUAGAUUUCUAGAGCAUUGACUAAGAAUUUUUGGGGGAAAAAAGACAAAAACCUACUCUUCAAAGGGUUAAAGGAGAAUUCUACAUGAGGAUAUCGCUCAUCACUGUUACCUGAAUUUAAGCGCACGUAACACGUUUUAGUUUCCUAAUUUAAUUUUAUACUUCAUUUGAAAAUGCAUUUUGGGGAAAGCGUAAGCACGAUUGAUAUGCUAUUCCUGCAACUUUGUUUAAAUAGUGUACGAUUGUUAUAUAAAGUGUUUUGCAGUUGUUACGGCAAAUUUUCCGUGGGUGUUCUUCCUGGAAAGUUUUCAACAACAACAACACUCGAUGGUACGCGGCUGCGUGCAGCUUUCACUACCGCAGCGGAAGGGCAAGUUUAGAGGACGGGCGUACCGAUUCAAAACGGCAUUUUAUGACUACAACAUUGCUUACUGGACUGUGUUCGUCCCAGUUUUCUGGAUUGACUGCAAAUUUCAACGGGAAUGCACUUUGCGGAUUUCGUAGCUGGGUCUGUGGGAGGUGACGUACCGUCAUUUAAUACGGAGCCUUAGGUGUGGCCGUAGGCUACCCUUUGGACACAGUCAAGGUGAGGAUACAGACCCAGCAGAAGUUCACUGGGGUUUGGCAUUGUUUUCGCUCCACCUGUAAGACUGAAGGGGUAAGGUUCAUAGCACUACAUGUGGUUCCCAAAACUGUGGGUUUGAGAAAGGUUGAAGUGAGUCGAGAAUGCAUAAUGCAUUUUGAAAUUUCAGAAAACAUAAAACAUUUUGUUCAUGUUAUUAUAAUAUACUUUAUUUUUACUCAUACCAGUCAAAUGUUGCACUUGUGUAUGCAUCAAUAAUGGACAAUGAUUUCAAUGGGGAAAGAGUAAAAAAAAAAGCGAACAAUUCAUGAACAAAAUGUUUUAUGUUAUCUAAAUUUUUUUAAAUGUAUUUGUUUUAGCCAGUAAACAAAUCUAAUCAUGAAAUGAAAUUGUAAAGUAUACCCAGGCCCGCUGUGUGUCUUGCUCCUUCCCGUGACAAGAUGAUCUCAAAAGCCCCCGCCCCCCUGUAGGCCACAGAUAAUCUAUUCCCUGAGUAUAUGGGUUCUUCAAAGGCAUGUCAGUGCCCUUGACCACGGUGUCUAUCACCUCCUCUGUGGUCUUUGGAACCUACAGGAACUGCUUGCAGUGUUUACUGCAACUGCACUCUGGUAGCCCAGAGGCCAUGCCAACCAAGCUGGACAUCUUCCUAUCAGGGCUCGCAGGAGGCGUAACCCAGGUGUUGGUCAUGUCUCCAAUGGACACUGUUAAAGUGCGGCUGCAGUGCCAGAUGGAGCCACGCCAACUUUCAGCCAACCAAACCCUACCCAAAUACCGGGGACCUAUACACUGCAUGCUGACCAUUGGCCAAGAGGAGGGGGUGUUGAGCCUGUACAGGGGCGCCCCUGCCCUCGCCCUACGAGAUGGCCCCUCCUUUGCCACCUACUUCCUGACCUACAGCACCCUGUGUGAGUGGCUCACACCAGCCGACCAGAAACAACCAGCGUGGCCUGUGGUUAUGCUGGCUGGAGGAUUGGCUGGGAUCUUUGGCUGGACUGUUGGGACUCCCAUGGAUGUGAUCAAGGCUCGCCUGCAGGUGGACGGGAUGGGGAAAAGGAGGUAUAACAGCUUCCUGCACUGCAUUGCUGAGAGCGUUCGCCAAGAGGGACCUGGUGUCUUUUUCAAGGGUUUGGGACUUAAUUGCAUGCGUGCCUUCCCAGUCAACAUGGUGGUAUUUAUCGUGUACGAGCAGGUGGCGAGCCUACUCAGGACGCUGCCCUAGGCCACCAAUGGCUUCCCCUCACCGUUAGCCCACGAUUUUGGAAACUUUGGAGACUGUGAGACCUGGAAUAAAUGCCUGCUUUCAGUGAAGUCUCUGGUUAAUGUGAGGUAUGGAACACUUGGGCUUGUACAACUACUUUUGUCUGUUUAAAACAUAUUGACAGAAUCGCAGUAUAUGCAGAUUUGUUUCCAGAUGAUGGUGCUUAAUUUUAGCACUCCUCUGCAUCACACCCCUGUACGACAGUUGCUUAAUAGAAACUGCAAGAGUUCACAUGUCUCUACAAAUGCUCCUUGGUUGUUCUGUAGUCCUGUCACAUGGUAUAUCAUGCUAAUAAAGCAUGACAAAGGGGCAACAUAUUAAUCUUACUAAGCUUUUCGUAGUAAGAUGAAUAUCUACACCAAGACAGGUAGUUGUUUAAUUGCUGCAAAUGUAGCAUGCACAGUAUGAAUCAUACUGUACAUGCUCCAAAGACAGGAGAGUAAAACUGAGGAGAACAUGUCUGCAAGUUCAGGUCUUCAAAUGACAACCAGAUAAUAAACUUAAACUCAUGAAUUCAAUCAAGAGCUUAAUCGUUAUUGUGCAAAUUGAAAUUUGUUCAUAUGAGACACCUGGGUCUUAUGUUCCAUCAUAACCCAUAGAGUAAUCAAUGGUGAGCCUCCUCAGGAUGCCACUAGAACUUAGCUACACCACACUACAGCUCUUGAUACUGCCUUUUAGUUCUACAUUUUUGGCUUCGCAUAACUGACCCGUAACUGUAUCAGUGUACUGCAAACUGAAGCCCAUGGUAGCCCUUUUUUUAAAACUGGAAAUACAAUCUGUUUGGACAUGCACUCAAUGAACCAAGACCUGGGAUCAUCUGACCAUUUCUCUGAAGGAGGGUAUGUGAUUAUAUGACUGUCCAUAUGUGUUUGCAGUGAUUGCUAAGAGGAAAACUGUAUUUCUCAGGUGCAAUUUUGUUAAGUUGAUUCAGUUGUCUUCCACAGGAGUUUAUUUUUGCAGUUUCUCAAUGUUGGAAUGUAAAAUAUAAUUUAAAGCCUUGGAAAUAUUUAAGCCUGGUUGCAAUAUUUCAUAAGUAUUUUGUGGGUGUGAAUUGUUUUUGUUUUCUUUUUUAAAUUGAAAUGCACAAAAUAUAACGGAAACAUAUUUUUUUGUAAAGCACAAUAAUACAGCUACUGAAACUAAAAGCCAUAUGAAUACUAUGAAAAUAAUUCUGAAAUCUAUAGAUUUAAAUUUUUAAAUUCUUUUAAUGUGCAAUUUGGUUUACUGUAUUGCUUUAUAAUGUAUACAUUUUACAGUAAAUUAGGUGUAAGAGGGAAGUCAAA